AUGGCAGAGGAGCAGGAGUUGACCCAGCUGUGCAAGUUGCCCACGCAGCCCUCACACACACACUGUGUCAACAACACCUACCGAAGCUCACAGCACUCCCAGGCCCUGCUCCGGGGGCUCCUGGCUCUUCGGGACAGUGGCAUCCUCUUCGAUGUGGUCCUGGUGGUGGAGGGGAGACACAUCGAAGCCCAUCGCAUCCUGCUGGCUGCGUCCUGUGAUUACUUCAGAGGAAUGUUUGCUGGGGGAUUGAAGGAAAUGGAACAGGAAGAGGUCCUAAUCCACGGUGUGUCCUACAAUGCCAUGUGCCAAAUCCUGCAUUUCAUAUACACUUCCGAGCUGGAGCUCAGCCUGAGCAAUGUCCAGGAGACGCUGGUGGCCGCCUGCCAGCUUCAGAUCCCAGAAAUCAUCCAUUUCUGCUGUGAUUUCCUCAUGUCCUGGGUGGAUGAGGAGAACAUCCUUGAUGUCUACCGGCUGGCAGAGCUAUUUGACUUGAACCAUUUGACCAAGCAGCUGGACACCUACAUCCUCAAAAACUUUGUGGCCUUCUCGAGGACUGACAAGUACCGCCAGCUUCCUCUGGAGAAGGUCUACUCCCUCCUCAGCAGCAACCGCCUGGAGGUCUCCUGCGAGACCGAGGUGUAUGAGGGUGCCCUGCUCUACCAUUACACCCUGGAGCAGGUGCAAGCAGACCAGAUCUCAUUGCAAGAGCCCCCCAAGCUCCUUGAGACAGUGCGGUUUCCCCUAAUGGAACCCGAGGUCCUUCAGCGGCUGCAUGACAAGCUGGACCCCAGCCCACUGAGGGACACAGUGGCCAAUGCUCUCAUGUACCACCAGAACGAGAGCCUGCAGCCCAGCCUACAGAGCCCACAGACAGAGCUGCGGUCAGACUUCCAGUGCGUUGUGGGCUUUGGGGGCAUUCACUCCACACCAUCCACUGUCCUCAGUGACCAGGCCAAGUACCUGAACCCCCUGCUGGGAGAGUGGAAGCACUUCACCGCCUCCCUGGCCCCCCGGAUGUCCAACCAGGGCAUCGCGGUGCUCAACAACUUUGUGUAUCUGAUUGGAGGGGACAACAAUGUCCAGGGAUUCCGCGCUGAGUCCCGAUGCUGGAGGUAUGACCCGCGGCACAACCGCUGGUUCCAGAUCCAGUCCCUGCAGCAGGAGCACGCCGACCUGUGUGUGUGUGUCGUGGGCGGGUACAUCUACGCAGUGGCGGGCCGUGACUACCACACUGACCUGAAUGCUGUGGAGCGCUAUGACCCUACCACCAACACCUGGGCCUAUGUGGCCCCGCUCAAGAGGGAGGUGUAUGCUCAUGCUGGCGCCACCCUGGAGGGGAAGAUGUACAUUACCUGCGGCCGCAGAGGGGAGGACUACCUAAGGGAGACACACUGCUACGACCCAGACAGCAACACCUGGCAAGCUCUGGCCGAUGGGCCUGUGCGGAGGGCCUGGCACGGCAUGGCCACCCUCCUGGACAAGCUGUAUGUGAUCGGGGGCAGCAACAAUGAUAUUGGCUCCAGGAGGGAUGUGCACCAGGUGGCCUGCUACAGCUGCACAUCCGGGCAGUGGUCAUCUGUCUGCCCACUGCCAGUGGGGCAUGGUGAGCCUGGCAUUGCUGUGCUGGACAACAGGAUCUAUGUGCUGGGCGGCCGCUCACACAACCGCAACAGCCGCACGGGCUACGUGCAUAUCUACGACGUGGAGAAGGACUGCUGGGAGGAGGGGCCCCAGCUGGACAACUCCAUCUCGGGCCUGGCGGCCUGUGUGCUCACCCUGCCCCGCUCCCUGCUCCUGGAGCCGUCCCACGGGACCCCUGACCGCCAGGCCGACCCGGACUUCGCCUCGGAGGCGAUGAGUGUAUCUGACUGGGAGGAGUUUGACAACUCCAGCGAAGAUUAG